CCAUGUGUGAUUGACGUUAAAAUUUAAAACCUGCACGAACCGGUGCCACGCAUGACAUUUUGACAUUUACCUUGCUGGGCAGGCCGGCCUGAGGCUCCCUGGGCACAAGUGGAUUUCUCGUGAUAUGACGUAGAUAUCAUAGAACAGAUGGAGUCGGCCAGGCGCUCACGAGCCAGGUUGCCUCCCGUCAUUUCGCUGACGUUGGUUCUCUCGCUAUGCGUUGGCGCGACCUCCUUCGAGCUGACACAAGAGGAUCAAAUUGCUGUGGAACCCAGCAACAAUCAAGGGUUCUUAGAAGCCGAUGGUGGCCUGGGGCCUCCCAUAUCAGCCUGGUAUUUUUCCCUGAAGACCAGCAAGGGCUACUGCGGGCUGGUUCCGCUAUCCACGACGGCGGGCGGGUACGGCUUCGCCAUCUCCUGCGCCAACAAGCUCCCAGUAUACGACAGCCAGUUCACUCUCCUGUCGGCGGACGCGCCUUCAUCGCCUGGUGGGGCAGCAUGGGCGGGUGCCGAUGCAGCGGCGGUGGAAGCAGCAGCGGGGCCGGCGGCUGGGCAGCGAGGGCAUCACGGCUACAUGACAGACGAGGCACACCGUGUGCGCCUGCUGCUGGCCGGGGGCGCUGACCCUAGGGCACACCUGCAGGACGGCGAACUGGGCUCCGCGGCUGGUGCUGCUACUAUCGCGAGGGAGGCGGGUGCGGCGGCUGCUGGCGCGGCGCCCGUGCACGACCCUAACGCGCCAGUGGUGGUCACGAGCGGGACACCGCUGCGGCUGCUGUCGCGGAGUGCGGGGCUGUGCGGCAGCGUGCCGCCGCCAGGACGUGCCAGCUCACAGCAACAGCGGCCACAACAACAACAGCAGCAGCAGGGCGCGGCGAGUCAAGCAGGGAAUACAGGGAGCCAAGCGAGGGGGGGACCCGCGCCUGCUGGCGGCUUCGCCGCCUGCUCCAGACUGCUACCAGCUGCCUGGUGGGCCUGGCUGCACUGCCGCGCGCUGCCGGCACUGCAGGCCGCGCUUCACGCAGUCAGCCGGGCGCUGCAGCUGCCCCAGACCUUCCCGCUCCUUCCAGCUCCCGGCGCCUGCCGCGAUGCUGCAGCUGCGGCGCCGGCAGGCGCCACCGGCGCGGGCGCGGACGCGGGCGGCAGCGGGCCCGGAGGGCCCCCACUGCUUGGGGACACCGCGCCGUGGCCUGUGACGUGUGUCUUGGCGCAGCCGGGCUCGCUGCAGUGGCGGCUGUUCAAGAGCGACCUGAAGGACAACGCCACAGUGGACCUGGCGGUGGACUGGCUGUACCUCAUGGAGGGAGACAAGUACUGCACACUGGCUGAUGUGGCGGGCAUGACGGCCGUCGUGUCAUGCCACCUGGACGCACCCGGCUGGACCGGAUACAAGUUCCAGCUGCAGACGAUGUCGUACCCGCGCAGCCGGCUGACAUCGCAGCUGACAGGCGGCGACUGCAGCGUGCGGCUGCCCUCGCUGCCGCCGCCGCACGACUGGGCGUGUGGCGGAGCCGGCCAGCCGCCGUCACCGGACCGCUCGCCGGACUUUGAUUUGGUGCUACAGACGCCCGGAUCCGCGCUGGCGGCAGGCGUGGUCGUGGGCAUCACCACCUACAGUCACGGCUUGGUGGGCAACCAGCUGCAGCGCUGCUGUCCCAUGAUCUCAUCGCCGCACAUCAUCUUCUGCGCGGUCGCUGCGCCCGGGUCCGCGCCGCCCGCCGAGUGCUGGUACCAGCUGUAUGAUGUCAAACUGUUGCGGGUGGUGGAAGCGCUCAGUGCAACCGGAAUCCAGGAACAGGAUCCGGAUGUUGAUGGUGCUAGCACCAGGCUUUCAGGCAGUGGUAGCGGCGGGCUUCAAGGACGGGGCUUCUGGGGGGCCUUCAGCCGCAGCCUGUUCGCCGAGAUGUCGCCGGUCGCCACUGAUCCGGACUCGGACGACGCGGACGAGCAGUCCUCGUCCAGGACUGGCGGAGCAGCAGGAGUGGAGAGGGGCGGGGGGCAAGAGGAGGCGGGGUUGGACCCGGAAGAUGGGCACGAGGGCGAAGAGGUUGGGCUGGUUGCGGAGCUGGCGGCGGCGGCGGGGCGGUUGCGGUUCCCCUGGGAUGCGGUGGUGCCCAUCUCGGAUGGCAGCUUAGUCAUGUUUAUGAGCAAGGCCUUCGCGAGGUACUGCAGCGUGAGCGUGGAUGGCGACCUGCUGUGUGUGAGCGCGCAGGCCAGCAACGCGUCGCGCAACCUCUUCACGCUGCGGCUGCCACCACUGCCGCCGCUUGGCGGGGCGGGCGUGGGUGCGAUGGGGCAGGGUAAGGGGCAGGUUGGCGCAGUCCCGUAGUGUGCAGCGUGUUCCCAGACCCCAACAUUCAUUUUGCAACGUCAAUGUGAGAGUACAGGCAGGAGGGUUGCGGAGGCGCGGCUCGGACUGGGGCUGCGAGGGGGACCUGUAGAUGGUGAGCGGAGCGAUGAGCAGUUAGAGGCGGCAUAGGUCGGGAAGCGCAGCAAGGGUCAAGGGAAUGCAGCCCGGGACCGUUGAUGAAAGGAGCGAGACAGUGAGCAGUGCGUGUGCGGCUUAUGUGGCUAGGGUAUUAGGGGGGCCUUUGCGCGGGCCUUGCCACGUAGAUUAGCGGAGCUCAACCGGGUCGGAGACUGUUCGGCAUUCAGUACUGUCGGAGAGUCCAAGGGAGAACAUGUGCUGUACCGUAUCACCGUAUGCACCACUGUUGUGUUCUUGUCAGAGUCUCUUUAA